AAACUCAAGUUUACGAUUAUUUUGUGUGUUGAGUCCGCAAGCGAGUGUCCCGCGCGUAGAAAGCGAUUUUUCCAGUGGAAAUAGUGUAUUUUGCCGGGCAGAAUAGUUGCCAAGCGCGAGACUAGUGCCGGAGGAAUGUUUUUCCGGUCGCCGGGCUCGGAAACGCGCUGAACCUGGCAAGUUUUCCGUCGGUGUAAAACUCAGUUCCCCGUUCGUUCGCGCGGUGCGUGUGUGUCGUCCUCUGCCGUCUCCAUCGCGGAGUACCAGACGUUCAGUGUGUGCAUAGGAGGAAAAGAGUAGCAGCAUACUACAAUACCAAUACAAUAUCCGAAAGCACCCCGAAAGAGUAUAGCCAAAAAGUGGGAAAAAGAAUAAUAUUCUCUUGUUUUGUUCCGGAUUGGACGGCGCAACGGGAGGUACUGUCUGUGAAGGAAGUGCCGUUGGAAGAUUCACCCGGGAAGGCGGUGCAUCCGUCUUUCAGGGGGGUGGUACCAUUCGGAGCAUUCCUGUCGUGAUGUUUUGAUCGAGGAAUCCUGGGAUACGACGAACGGGAAGAAGAAGCCUGGUGCUGCUAGCUGCUGCUCUGUGGUGUACCAGCGAACAAGAGCUUUGGCUCGAUCCAUUUGGAGUAUUUGAGUGUUCGAAAGUGAGUGCAAGGGAGAUAGCACUAGGCAGCAGCAUUAAGGACUCCUCUGGGAUACAAGACUAGCAAGGAGUACUGGCCAGUGGAGCGCUUCCGGGAUGUGGGACUAGGCAACCGGAAUGCUGGACGUGAUACGCAAUGCCAAAACCUCCAGGAAUGCAUUUAUCUCGCCUGCAACGACAGAACAGAGCUAAAAUGGACAGUACAGCCUCAGACCCAGUGACCCGACCUGCGUAGGGCAAACGUAGUGCUUUGAUCCGGCAAAUGAUUAUACUAUGCUGGUGGAUAGCAUAGAUCCAACUGUUAGAACUGUUGGGAUGUGUCAUAUAAAGCAAAAAAGCACCGCCGAAUAGUAGUGUAUAAGAAAAACAAAAACAGUGAAACAAACCGUGAAAGUAAUAACCAAAAGAGCAAUAACACUUUGUAAUCCAACAACGCACUUAUUAGCACAGCAGCAGUAGGGUGACACGUUAGUGUACUAUCGAUAGUGAAUGUGUAUAGUCUUCGUUUUAAUCUGGUGUUCAGUCGUCCCAGUAAGUGUAUCCUCCGGUUGAGCAAUCAAACAGGCGCGCGGUUCCUGCAGCUGUUUAGUGCUGUCACCGGGGUUAGCAAAGUAAUGACACAUAAUCUGGGAAUGGCUUCCUACCGUAUGCCAGGACCCGGACUCGGUUGUCCGCCGGAUUUCAAAUCACCCUCGGAAUCACCCCAGCUGCCAAUUUCUGCGCCGAGUCAACCGAAAAAGCGGAGGAAAACAUCGAACGCUAACAAUGCGAACUCAGCAGCCUCGCAACCGACGCCAUCUCCCUCGCCCCAGGAUUUACUGCCACCUCCGCCUACCGGAUACGGCGAUACGAUCAUUGCGUCGAAUCCCUUUGACGAUACGCCCACGCAUACGCCUUCGCCCCACUUAAGUCACAUGCAUCACGGAGGUCCGGGAAUGAUGGGCCACAUGGGCGGAGGUGCUAUGGGACAUGGUGGUCCAAUGGGAAUGGGUCCCAUGGGUAUGCAUCCUCAUCACAUGACCGGUCCCAUGAGUCAUCAUGGGCCUCCACAUGGACCCCCUCAUGGGGGGCCUCAUGGUGGACCUCAUGGCGGUCCAAUGCAUGGAAUGCCACCUCAUGGAAUGGGACACGGGCCAGGACAUGGAUCUCCCCAUCAUGCCAUUGGGCCGCACGGUCCAAUGGGACCUGGAGGGCCACAGGGUCCACCGAUGCGAGGUAUGAGCCCAAUGGGAAUGGGCAGCCCCAUGGGUCAUCCAAUGCAUAUGAACUCUGGCAUGGGACAAAUGGGUGGAAUGGGCCCUCAUGGACCUAUUCAACGAGGAGGAAUGAGUCCCAUGGGAACGAUUCCUGGUGCUCAAAUGGGUGGAUUGAGUCCAAUGGGUGGUAUGAAUCAAAAUUUGUCCCCCAUGGGUCCGAUGGGUGGCAUGUCACCGAUGAGUCAGCAACAAAUGAACAAUAAAUCCGUCGGAAGUCCCAUGAGUGGAGGAAACAUCGGCAGCCCGAUGAAUUCAAUGCCUGGAAUGGGCUCACCUCACGGAGGCCAAGGACAGAUGAUAGGAAGUCCGAUGAAUACGAGUGGUGGUCAUAUAAACAAUGGCCCUAUGGGUCCCCCCAUGAACAGUCCCCUCGGAAAUGGUCCCCCAAAUCACGUUCCCUUAGGUCCCAAUUCGGCCGGCCAUAGUCAACCGGUGUCGUCCGCGGGACCAACUGGUGGUGGUCAAACGUCACCGAACGUAGCCGGAGUAAAUAGUAAUAAUAGGAUGAACCUACCCAAUGGUGCAAUGGCAAAUCAGCAAUCAGGGAACCUUAAUCAAUUACCUCAUCAGCUGGGUCCUCAACAGCAAUCGAAUAAUAGUCAGCAGGGUCCCCAGGGACAAUCCCAACAACAGCAUGCAAAUAACCAACAACAUAUACAAGUGAGUCAACCGCACCCGUCGCCUUCGAUGGUGACGAAUCAACAACAGCAACCGAAUCAAUCUCCUGCCGCUCAGUCCCAGCCACUUCCACCUCAUCCUCCUCAUCCGCAGCAACAGCAAUCACACGCUUCUCCGCUACCACAGCAAUCGCCCCAUGCUCAACACGCCCAGGGACCAGGUGCUAGUAGUGGGCCCGUAGGUAGUGGUCCAGGUUCUGGAGGAAGUGGACAUGGCGGUCCUAUGGGACCUGGAGGACCUCAGCAGCAGCAAAUGAACCCAGGUGGUAUUGGAGGACCGGGAAGCAAUAGUUUAGGCGGUAUGAACCCAGCUGGUAUGGGUCCCGGUGGAAUGGGAGGAAUGCCACCGAAUUCAAUGGGCAGUAUGAACCACCAUCCACCUCACCAUCCCGGAAAUCAUCCUGGUAAUCAUCCUGGAAAUCAUCCCGGAAAUCAUCCCGGAAAUCACCCCGGAAAUCAUCCUAGUAAUCAUCCUGGUAAUCAUCAGCAGAAUCCUCACAUGCCACCGUCGUUGGGAGGUGGUGGAGGAGGACCGAACAGCAUGCAUCAUCACAUGGGAAUGCCACCUCACGGAAAUAUGCCACCUGGUCACGCGGGACACAGGCCACCAAUGGGACCAGGAGGACCAAUGGGUCCCGGAGGACCCGGUGGAAUGGGCAUGGGAGGGCCAAUGGGCGGCCCAAUGGGACAUAUGGGUGGAAUGGGCGGCGGUAUGGGUGGCAGUCCGUUGCAUUCUCCCCACAUGAUGGGUGGUCCGAUGGGAGGUGGCCCAGGUGGACCAGGAGGACCGAUGGGUGGUCCUGGUGGACCUAUGGGCGGACUGGGCCCGCCAGGAAAUGGACCUCCUCCGAAUCAUCACCAUCACAUGGGAAUGUUCGGUCCCAAACCGAUGCCGGUGACGUCGGGGAAACUGUACCCACCGGACCAGUCGAAAGUGUUCAACCCGCAGAACCCGAAUGCACCACCGAUCUAUCCCUGCGGUGGCUGCCACAAAGAAGUGCAUGACAACGAUCAAGGAAUACUGUGCGAAUCUGGCUGCAACUUUUGGUUCCAUAGGACGUGCAGUGGUCUGACGGAGGCGGCUUUUAACUUCAUCCACGCGGAAGUGUACGCCGAAUGGUGCUGCGACAAGUGUCUGUCUUCCAAGAACAUACCGCUGGUCAAGUUUAAACCGUAGUCAACCAUGGGCAACGUGGGCCACCAGCUGAUGAUGCCCAUGACGAGGUGACAACGACAGAAAAGUCCGAAGCAGCCGCAGCAACAGCCGUAGCCAGGAUUGAGCACAGUGGUGCAGCUACUACAGUAAAUUAUUGUUUGUGUGCUUUUAGUAGGUCAUUGUGAGCAUUGUGGUGUGCGUGACGUGGAUGAGUGUGGGUGUAAAUAGCGAAACCGUGCGAGGUGGUGUAAAAACAGAUUGAAUGUGACUGACGACCAGUGCUAGAUGCAUGGGACAAGAUUCGUUUGGUUUUAUGAACAUUUUGACGAUAAAAAAAAAACCGUGAGGAAUAGCUAAAUUCUUGGUAAGGAAAUCGAACUGCUUAAGCAAACAGUGUGCAAAAAGGAAAAUGAAGAAAUGAAGACAGCGACAUACUAGUGUUCUUAAGAGAAAUAACGAGAAAGGAAAGCAAAUGCAGUAGUUAGUAAAAAGAAGCGAAACGGUGAAACAUAACCAAGCAAACAUAUAUAAAAAGUGGAAGCACAGCGCCAUAGUUGUUUUUCUUAUUUUCCUUUCAGUGCACACACACACACUUACAGAUACAGAAACCACUUGAUCCGAGACUUUGUCGAAGAUUAAGAAACAAACACAGUGUAUAAACACAGAAACGCGAGCAAUGUUUUCUAUGAAAGUAAGAGAGUAGUGAGACAGAGAGAAAGAGCGAGCGAGAGAGCGAGAGAAAGAGAGCAAGAAACACAUAAAGUUUAAGUUUUAGCGCAUUAAGAAAAUGAAAUCAAAAAUGGCCUUCUCAAAUAUAUACACAUAAAGUAUGGUUUAAUUAUUAUAAAAAAAAGAGAAAAAGCAGAAAAAAUAACUGAUAAGUAAGUGAAAUAUUUAAAUUAUUUAAACGCUAUUCCCGAUGUGCAAAACGUGUGCUGGACCAGUAAUGUGCGAACACAGCAUAAACUAACAGCAAAGCUCAAGUUGACUGUUCAGUUGGCAAAGUCUGCAAACAACUAAUCCUCCUCCAUUGAGCCAUUUUAUUACCUAGUAGGUAUUCGCAGUUUUCAUUUUGCGAUUCAAUCAGUCAGGAUUUCCCAGGUCACCUCAGUUUCAGGAAUCACAAACAAAAAAAAAGAAAACUAACUAAAGCAGACUCGACCUAGCUCCGACUUGGCGUUUACAAUAAAAAAAAACUGCGUUCAUAUGUUGAGUCGAAUAAUUUACUAAGGUAAAAUGUAAAAAAAAAGUAUAUAGAGUUACAACAAUGAAAAAGAGAUUAUUCAACUAACAAGCGACACGCUUAUUGCCUUCCGCGUUACUUUUUUCCUCCUCGUCCUUCAGUUUAGUUAGUGCGGUAUGAUUUAGGUUUUUUUUUUCUUGUGUUCGCAGCAGCUCGCUUGGCCACCCCCUUCUAUCGUAGGCAAUGCGAGUGCAGCAUCUCUCGAAAGCUGUGAAAUCGAAACCCAGUGUGUAGUAAACGACGAACAUUUUUUUUUUCUUAACGACGGUGUGCAUAGGAUUCAGAGUUGAGUUUUCGAACUUUUGCGCACUGCUGGGAAGGGACAAAUCAACUAACUAAUAAAACACACAGCUACCUUACCACAGGUGCGAGAUCGAGAGAGAAGAGAUAAGCGAGAGUGAGACGCAAAUGAGCAUCCAAUUAACGAAUGCUACGUUGUAAGAGAAUGAUUUUUUUAGUUAAUUCUUAUAAUCUUAAUGUGUUUAAUUUUCUUGUACAUAUAGAUUUUUAGUGAGCAUUAUUUGUUAUUUUUUAAUAUAACCAAUAAAUUUUAAUCAAUCUUAAA